AUGGAGGAACAAAAAUCGGCGGGUAAAAUGAAGGAGAUCUGCUAUCUCUUCAACACCUUCACCGAUCCCGCCCUGGAGAAGUUGUACCAGAGUUUCAGCGUGAAACAGAAGAGGAUGGGACUCGAGUGUUUUUUGUUGACGGCCAUUUUGUUCGACAUCUACAUGCUGGUGGUUCCGAGUGGCCAAGACCUCUGGAUCUUCGGCUCCAUGUCGUUCUUCCUCACCGUCAACAGCUGCAUCCUGGUCUGGUGUAAACGCGGUUUCGAAAGCAAGCUCAUCUGGGCCGCGGUGCCGCAUCUCUGUUGGCACGUAGCCAAUGCGCAAGUCCUCAUCGCGCUGUUUCUAAAGAAGAACGAAGUGACGCCAAGAGACAGCUUGGGAUGGGUCCUGCUGCUGGACUACUUUAUUUACGUAACGUUGCCAAUCAGGUUGAGAUACUGCAUCAUUUUGAGUUUGGGAACGUGUGCUUCCUACACUGCUGCUUUGAUAGGAUUGUCGAAGUCGGAUUUGCAUCUAUAUCGACAGGUGAGCAGUAGCGUGUGA